CCUCAGGGAAUGGGUUUUCAGAGCUCACUCUGCGCAUGUGCACGUCCCGACCCGCCUGCUGCCGUACGACCUCUCCGGCCUAAAAGGAGCGAGAUCUUCCCGUCUUUGGGUCGGUGCUGAAGCCAAGGCUGCCCACUGGAGAGUCACCAGGGCAGAACCAAGCACAAUGAUAUUUACUUACACAGCUGAACCUUCACAGUUCUUUACAUUUUUCCAGAAGCAGUAGAAAAUGAACAUAGCUCAGGGAUCAGUGUCAUUCGAAGAUGUGACUGUGGAGUUCACCCAGGAUGAAUGGCAGUAUGUAGGCCCUGCUCUGAGGACCCUGUACAAAGAUGUGAUGCUGGAGAACUACAGCCACCUCGUCUCAUUGGUUGUUACAUUUGCAGGGUACUGCAUUAUCAAACCCCAGGUGAUCUUCAAGUUGGAGCACGGUGAAGAGCCCUGGCCCUCAGAAGAAGAAUUCCUAAACCAGAAGUAUCCAGGAUGUUACAGAGUUGAUGUCCAUAUUGAGGAGAACCAGGAAAAACAAGAGAAACCUCUGUGGCAAGUAGUAUUCACUGAUAACAAAAUAUUGAGUAAAGAAGAGCAGAAAGCUUUAGAGAAACCAUUUUAUCUUAGUAUAACUCCAGAUUUUUCAGGAAAAAUGCCCUCUAAACGUGACUCAUGUAGAAUGAAUUUGCCGGUUGUUUCUGAAUUAAUUCUUAGUGAUAGGAAUUAUUCACGAAACAAGACUGACUACAUAAAUGUAUGUGAGAAGUUGCAGCUGGAUAUUCAGCGUGAGAAAACUCAUACUGGAGAGCAGUGUUACAAAUAUAAUGAAAAUAUGAAAGCUCUCAGUUAUGUGAAAGAUCUUCAUAAAUUUCAAACUCUGGAGCAAUCUUUUGAAUGUGAUGAAUAUGGAAAAGUUUUACAUGAUAAGACCAUCUGUGUUACAGCUAAGAGUUCAGUAAAAGGAGAGGAAUCCUGUAAGGAUAAUGAAUUUAGGGGAAAUUGUGAUAAAGCAGCUCUUUUUAACCACAUGAGAACUGGCACAAGGAAGAAAUGCUUUGAUCUUAAUGAAUGUGGUAAAUCCUGUGAAUACAAUGAGGUUCACAUGGCUUUGGCACACUAUGAAUGUAAUGAAAGUGGGAAUAACUUCAGUAGGAAUUCACCCCUCACUCAGCCUCAGAGAACUGUUACAGGACAAGGUGCCUUUGAAAGCAGUAAGUGUGAAGAAAACUUGAGCCAGAGCUCAGGCCGUAUAGUACAUCAGAAGACACAAACUAGAGAUACAUUCUGUGUUUAUAAUGGAUUUACAAACACCUUCUACCGGAAGUUAGACUUUACAGUACAUCAGAGAAUUCACAAAGAAGAGAAAUUCUAUCAAUGUGAUAAAUAUGAGAAAUCCUCCCAUCAGAACUCAGCCCUCAGUGUACAUCAGCAGUGUGACACAGGAGAGAAGUCAUUUGAACUUAGUGAAUGCAGGAAAUCAUUUUACCAGAAAGCACACCUCAUUCAGCAUCAGAGGACCCACCCAGGGGAGAAACCUUAUGAAUGUGAGGAAUGUGGGAAAUCCUUUUGUUCAUAUUCACAUCCUAUUCAUUAUCCUGGAACUCAUAUGGGAGUCAAUCUGUAUGACUGUAAUGAAUGUGGGAAAACUGUCGCUGAUAAUUCAACCCUCAGAGCACAUCAGAGAAUUCACACAGAGGAGAAACCCUUCAAUUCUAAUGACUGUGAGAGGUCUUUUGCCCAUAAUUCAGCCUGCAGAGCACAUCAGAGAAUUCACACAGGUGAGAAACCAUAUGAGUGUAAUGACUGUGAGAAAACUUUUGCCCAUAAUUCCACCCUCAGAGCACAUCAGAAAAUUCACACUGGGGUGAAACUCUACAAAUGUAAUGAAUGUGGGAAAACUUUUUCCCAGAAGACACGUCUUAGUACACAUCAGAGGAUUCACACAGGUGAGAAACCCUAUGGAUGUAGUGAAUGUGGGAAAACCUUCUCCCAGAAAUCAUACCUCAGUGGACAUGAGAGAAUUCACAAAGGGGAAAAACCUUAUGAAUGUAAUGAAUGUGGGAAAACUUUUGUCUAUAAGGCAGCCCUCAUUGUCCAUCAAAGAAUUCACACAGGAGAAAAACCCUAUGAAUGUAAUGAAUGUGGGAAAACUUUCUCCCAGAGGACACACCUCUAUGCACAUCAGAGAACUCACACAGGGGAGAAACCUUAUGAAUGUAAGGAAUGUGGGAAAACUUUUGCAGAUAAUUCAGCCCUCAGGGCACAUCAGAGAAUUCACAAAGGGGAGAAACCCUAUGAAUGUAGUGAAUGUGGGAAAACUUUCUCCAAGACAUCACACCUCAGAGCACAUCUGAGGACUCGCACAGGGGAGAAACCCUAUGAAUGUAAUGAAUGUGGGAAAACUUUCUCCCAGAAGUCGUAUGUUAGUGCACAUCAGAGAAUUCACACAGGGGAGAAACCUUACGAAUGUAUCAUAUGUGGGAAACCUUUUGCCCAUAAUUCAACCCUCAGAGUACAUCAGAGAAUUCACACAGGUGUAAAAUCCUACAAAUGUAAUGAAUGUGGGAAAACUUUCUCUCAGAAGUCACACCUUAGUGCACAUCAGAGAAUUCACACAGGAGAGAAACCCUAUGAGUGUAAUGAAUGUGGGAAAGCUUUUGCCCAAAAUUCAACUCUUGGAGUACACCUGAGAAUUCACACAGGUGAGAGACCCUACAAAUGUUAUGAAUGUGGAAAAACCUUUGUCCGUAAGGCAGCUCUUAGAGUACAUCACACCAGAAUGCACUCCAGAGAGAAAACCCUUGCAUGUAAUGAAUUUGGGAUGUGCUAAGGGAAGUUACACCUUAUUAACACAGUAGAAAAGCUCAAAUCACAUAGACUGGCAAAUUAUUUUCCUUAACUGUUUCCUUUUCCACUGAGCACAUAGCUUGUCUUAGUUUCCCAAUUUUUCCUUCGUCUGGGUGGGGCUGGUCAUGGAGUAUGAUGCUAUUACAUUUAAGUAAUAAAUGGCCUUAAUAAGUCACCUUACAUUCUUCCUAUCCUGUGUUAUACUGGAAUUGAGAGAUUUCCAUGGCAGACUUGGGUGCUGUGUAUUAAAUAUGGCAGAGCACAAGGUGAAAGAAGCUAGAGUCAAUAACUGAGUGAAACAAUUCUCCACUGACAGAUCUUCACCAAUUGUUUUUUGGGGUUUUUUUGUUGUUUUUUUAAGCCAGAAUUAAGUUUUUAUUCUGUUGAGCUCUUAAAUAUUUUGGCCUGUUGUUUAAAUGCAUAUAGCUUAGCCAACUGUCUGUUGAGUUGGAUGAAACCAAUGAAUAUAAUAAAUGUCAGAAGACCUUUAAGAAUUUAACCUGUAGGUUUGUAUCAGAGAUUUUUCAUGGGGAAGAAAACUUCUGUCAAUAUCCUAAAUGAUCAGAAGGCUUCAAUAAAAAUCAGAAAUCUCAGGGAAAAACACAAAAGUCUUUUCUGCAGAGUAAACUUCUUUAAACAUCAAAUAGUUAAGAUUAGACUAAAAUCUUAUAUUUUGAUAAAUGACAUUUUUUAACAAUUACUGAGUUUGCUUCAGAUAAAUUUUUUCUGAGGGAAUAUAUGAGUUUCAGAAUUGAAAAUAAAAUUCUCAGAACUGAUGUACCAAAAUUUGUGUUUUAUAUGUAAUAUCAAGUUUUAUAGAAACUAUGUAAGAAUAUAUUUUCCUGUACACAAACUCAUUAUGGAAUGUGAAGUUUUUGAGAUGGAGGGAUAACUUGAAUUCUGUGGACAACACCAAUAAAUAUUUGACUAGUCUCCGAGCUAUGUGGUACAUCUGUAUGAGUCUGUGUAACAGAGGAUUCAUUAUUGCUGGUGAGUUCUAGUAGAAGGCAGUAGCCAAACCUGCUCUGGGCCUGUCCCUUUCCUUUUUUUGAGUGACAGUCUAUGUCCUUCUGUCUUUUGCUCUAAAAGCUUGAUGCCAUAUAUAUGUAUCUAAUAUAGCCUGCCUGCUAUGUCUGAAUAUUAGUCUGGCCUUGUUUUUCUGGGACAUCCAUCAGAUUUCUCAAGCAUUCUUGUGUGUUUAGGGGGAGGGGUGGGUGUUGAUUCUUAAAAGGUUUGGGGGCCUACAUUUUAUGCCACUCUUGUGGUUCAUUUUGUAAUUAUAAAGCAAGUCCUCUUAUAUGCAUGUAGCCUGAGCAUCCUGUCUAGGGUGCUUUUCCAAUCUCAAGAUGCUUGCUCACACUGCAGCAUUGCAAACCAUUGAUAUUUUUGGAAUUGGAAUGAGAAUAGGGACUACUUCCAUGUCAUAUGCACUGCACUGGUAUUGAAAAGCAGACUCACUUUUGGGGAAACAAUAUAUUAUAUGUGCUAUAGUCUUGGCCAAGAAAAUAUUUGAUCAAUCUGCUGUCAUUUCAAGCUGCAUGGUUUGGUCAGCACAGAAAAGAAAGUAAAUGAAAUCCUCAUUUUAAAACCUGAACCACUAAGAAUUUCUACCAUGAGCAUGUUGCUUUCUGCAAAUAUUAUCUGGUAGAUUGAGCAUGAGGACAAUAAGUUUAUUCCCUGAAUUUUCUAUUCCAUAUAUGUUAAUACUUUGUGAGGGAAAAUGAUGGUAUAUCUUUAGCAUUAAUUGGAUAAUAGACAUUUCUUUGACACUGCGUUGCUAUCACUUAACUUAGUGGCAUCAUUGUCAAAGAAAAGAUCCAGGAUCAAGAGUCCACCAUUGGAUGAGUGCUGUAUCAUACCACCAGGGCUAGCACACAAGAGAUUGGACCAGCACUCGUGGUGGCAGGAGAGGUCUAGCCACUAAGAGAAUAUGUUUGCCCCUCCUCAGUCUCUGACACCUUGAUGCAACUUUAGCUUAUUUCACAAUGCCAAAAAGGGAAAUAAUAGUCAAAAAGCAUAUCUUUCUACAUGCUUGAUUUUUUCAGAAAAUUAUAGACAAAAAAAUUAACCUGGAGCAUUUUUUAAGAAAUUUAAAAUUAACUUCAAAUAGUUCUAGAUAUAAAGAAAAGUUACAGGGAUAGUUCCUAUAUACUGCUCACCCAAUUCCCAUUAUUAACAUUUUAUAUUACUCUGGUACAUUUGUCAUAACCCAGUAACAUUGAUACAUUAUUAACUAAACACUAAUUUUUCAGAUUUCACUGGUUUUUCCCCUAAUGUGUUUGUAUUCCAAGAUCCCAUUCAGGAUACCACAUUUAAUUGUCAUGUCUCUUUAGCUUCCACCGGUUUAUGACUGUUUCUUAGACCUUCCAUGUUUUUGUUACCUUGACAGUUUUGAGGAGUACUUGUCAAGUAUUUUGCAGGAUAUCCCUCAGUUUUGGCUUCUGAUAGCUCUAUAUUUGCAUUGCUGUUACAAGUUUUUUGUUGGAAGACCACAGAGAUAAAAUGUCAUUCUCAUCAUAUUAAAAAUAUAUGCUAUCAACAUGAAUGAUCACUGAAAAGGCUAAUCCUGAUCACCUGGUUGAGGUAGUGUCCCUAAACUUAAAAGCAUCUGUAGCAAGCAUCAUACAUGCUACUUGGUAAAAAUGUCUUUUAUGAAUUAUUAGUCUGUCAAUUGUAUAUAAAAUAAGAUCAGAAUCCUUUUUAUAUGUUUUUGAUUUUCAUGUUAGGAACAAUAUAAACGCAGAUUGGUUAAAAGUGAUAACACCCAGAAAAAGAGCCUCAAGCUGAUUCAGAUCACAGUCCACAUUUUUGGUUUUUAGUGUUUACCGAAGUAUGAAUGAAUCAUUGCCCUUUUCUUUGCUCCUCAGGACUUCGGGAUUUUAUUUGUCUUAAUAUCUCAUCAUGAGAGUGAUGCCACACUCUUCUUACCUCCUAAUUACAGGAGUUAAGACUGAGUAACGAAUGGACUGAAAGAAAGUUUGUCUGCAUUUCAUGCACCAGUUAACCCAGAGGUUAUUUAUAUUAACCCAGAUAAUGUCGGGAGAUACAACGAAUGACCAGCCAUGGUAACUAAGAAAUCUCCGAUGAUAGAAGAAAUAAGUCAGGCUUGAGAGCAAGAUGGGAUAUCAAAAACCAACUGCUGGUAUACAGUUUCUGAAAAGUACUGAUAAAUUUUGUGGUGCUAGUAAGAUUUAAAAGGAAUGGCCAUGUUAUAAUUAGAAAAGUUUAGACAUGUAGGCUAUAGGUGGAUGACAUAAUGAGAUAGAUGUAGGAGCAGAUGGUGACUCCCAGAUAGUUGCUUAAUAGUAAACUAUGGAAAGAUUAUAGAGAAGCAAGAGUUACUAACGAAGCAAGAACAUGUGGCCAUAUGUUAUUGCACACAUACAAUGGGUGUUGUGUUGGGAGGUGGAGAUAUUGAAUAAUAUCCUCUGAGCUGAGAAGGAACUUUGAGACCAAAAAACGCAGUAGGCAGUUCCAUACAAUGCAAUUAUGAAGUUUACUGUAGGUAACUUACAGGUAGAAAGGAUGGGGUGGACGGAAAAUCCAGAGGCAUUUGCAGCUGCACUGUGUACCACCGAAAGGGAUACAGGGAAAUUUAAUAGAAUCUGACUACCAAGUGAGAAACAUGUCCACACAAACUGGAACCAGCGGUUUUUCCUCCCCCUGGGGGGGGGGUCUCAUGACCAUUAACCAUCUGCAUCAGUAAAAGGCAUUCUUCUAGUUUUCAUAUCAGAUGAGGCACGGGUAAAAGUUUAUAGGGAACUCAUCUGACUUAGGCACGUUCCUUGUGAGUUAGGCUAAAGCUCAGCCACAUGGAAAAGGAAGGGGGUGGGACUGCAGGCUUAAGAUGAAGCUGACAAAAUGGAGUAAGUGUGGCUCAGCCACAUAUUUCAUACCUAACAUCUAUAUGACCUGCACAAUCUUAUCCACUAUUCUUCUGCAAAUACCCUAGGGCCAGAUGUCAGGAGGUAGCCUGCAUGCCUAUACCUCAACAGCAAUAUACACAACACCAAGUACAAAGGAUCCCUGCUAGAUAAAGAAUAAUGCCUAACAGGGCAGUUCCCCAUUUGCCAGGAAAGGAGGUCAACCAACAGGUGAAGGUGUAUGCAAAAGAAAUGUCUCUACGUGAUUAGGGUUAGGUAGCAGUCCAGUCUCCAUGUGCCAGGAUCACCCCAGGUUUUGACACUUUUCCUGGAGGAAAAUAGCAGACAUUUUGUCCCUUUAUUUCAGAAGUUUGCUGGGAGAUAUAUGCGAGAACUUAAGUAGGAGCCCAUAAGGGGAGCCCUACUUUAGUCCCCCAUCUGGUUUCUGUGGGAGAGAUCACCUUGAUUAUGGCUGGGCCUUCACUUAGAUAGGUUGAGGAAAUGUUGAUAGUAUGCUGCAGACUAGCCCUUCCCUCCAAGGUAUAAGGAUGCUAAGACACUUGGAAGGAGGAUAUCAUUUAAGUCUCCAACCUUAGAUAGUCUCCCCAAGUGGGAGGUCCUGUGGCACUCUGUUUUCUGUGUUUUUUUUUUGUGGUACGCGGACCUCUCACU